AUGAGGUGGAUGCGUCGACUUGUGCCACUGUGCCUUAUAAGUGCAUUAUCCCUGGUCUCUCUCAUAGUUCUCUUGACACGUAACGUCGACUUCUUUGGAACUGGAACCGGAACGAGGAACCGUUCGUGGUCUAUGGAUUACCGAAUCAUCUUCGAACCCACGGUCUUCCGGGAGGACCGACCCGUCCUUUUCGUGGUCACAUCAGCGCCUGGGAACUUCGGGAAACGGAACGCUAUCCGAAGAACAUGGGGUGGCUCACCCAGCGCACGCGUCCUCUACCUUCUUGGAGUAUCUGCGAAUCAGACCGAAGAAGAGGAGAGAAGAAUCGAACUCGAAGCGAAAACUCACAACGACAUCCUGCAGUUUGAUUUCGAGGACAACUACAGGAACCUCACACUAAAGAGCUGCGCGCUCGUUAUGUGGGUGUUCCGGAAUGCUUGGCCAAAACGAAAAGUCGUAAUAAAAGUGGAUGACGACACUUGCGUCGACAUGCCAUUGUUAUCACACAUCCUCGGUGAUUUCAAAGAUGGAAUCUAUGGUGAGUACCGAGGAAUGUCGAAACCGCUCCGAUGCGUCUCUCCCGCCUGUACAAAAUGGGGACUCACAAAUGAGGAAUAUGAAGCGGCGUAUUUCCCCCCGCAUCUCCAGGGAUCUUUCUACGUGAUCGCGGAGAGCGCCGUCGCCAAAUUGCAUGAGUAUCUUUUCACACCGCGAUUCCUCUUCAUCGAAGACGUCUAUCUCACUGGUUUGGUGGCGCGCGCGGCAAAUGUCUCGGUCCAGCCUAUGCCGAGGGAAACUAUAGUGAAUCCGCUCCACGCGAGACUCGAUUGGAAGAAGCAGAAGAAUCUUGUGGCUCAGCAUCAGUGUGACGAAAAGUUUCAACAAGAGUUUUGGCAGCACACUUCAGGGAUUUGA